AUGUCGCCGCAACCCGUGCCCCCAGUGAAUAGGGAUUUGUCGGGCUUCACUGCCGCCGUGGGGGGCGAGCAGGACGAGGCAGACGUCACGAUGCUUCAGUCUGCGACUCCCCGUGGUGAUCCAAAGCACGGGGAAGUAGGUUCCCGAACGACGGACAUGAAGCCUCGAGCACUCGCUACGCAGGACCCCGAACUCUAUGAGCUUCUUCAACAGGAAAAGGAACGACAGGUCUCAGGUCUCGAACUCAUCGCAUCUGAAAAUUUUACGUCACAGGCUGUGAUGGAAUGCCUGGGAUCCUGCUUGACGAACAAGUAUAGCGAGGGGUACCCUGGCGCACGCUACUAUGGAGGAAACGAAGUUAUAGAUCGCAUCGAAUCUCUAUGUCAGCGUCGUGCGUUGGCUGCCUUCGGCCUGGAUGCGGAGGAGUGGGCCGUGAAUGUUCAACCGUACAGUGGCAGUCCCGCUAACAUGGCCGUCUUCGUUGGGCUGCUUCAGCCGCAUGAUCGAAUCAUGGGACUUGAUCUGCCGUCGGGAGGGCAUCUGACGCAUGGUUUCUACACUGCGAAGAAACGCAUCAGUGCAACGUCAAUUUUUUUCGAAUCCCUCCCAUAUGGAGUGGAUGAAACAACCGGUUUGAUAGACUACGAAGAGCUGCGGAAGCGAGCCCUAGUGUUCAGACCGAAGCUGAUUAUCUGCGGCCACUCAGCGUAUCCAAGAGAUCUGGACUACGCGAAAUUCAGGGAGAUCGCGGAUGCCGCCGGUGCAAUGCUAAUGUGUGACAUGGCACAUACCAGUGGAUUGAUUGCUGCGAGGCUCCUGACUUCUCCCUUCCAGUAUUGCGAUAUCGUCACAACGACCACGCACAAAACCCUGCGCGGCCCUCGAAGUGGAAUGAUUUUCGUGAACAAGAGGAGAGUUCCGGACGGCGAGGGACUCAUUAAUUCUGGCGUUUUCCCUUCUCUCCAAGGAGGCCCGCACAACCACCAGAUCGCAGCUCUCGCGUGCCAGCUGAAGGAGGUGAUGUCUCCGUCUUGGGCGACAUAUGCAUCUCAAGUUAUUCGAAACUCUAGGGCUUUGGCUGCGCGUCUUCAACAUCACGGCCACCGAUUGACGACAGACGGGACCGACAACCACCUCCUUCUUAUGGACCUCCGUCCAGAUGGAAUCACUGGCACGAAAAUGCAACUCUGCUGCGACGAAGCAAGCAUUACGCUCAACAAGAACACUGUCCCUGGUGACACGUCAGCGGCGAAUCCCUCUGGCGUACGAAUUGGAUCCCCGGCUCUGACGACUAGAGGAUUCAAGGAGAACGACUUCGAACGAAUUGCUGACUGGCUUCAUGAAAUUGUCGUUAUUGCCCAGGAGAUCCAAACAAAGUACGGCAAGAAACUUGUGGAUUUCAAAAAGGGCGUUCCCGAGCAUCCCCAUUUACUCGAAAUUAAACAAGAAAUCGCAAAAUGGUCUCGGAGUUUUCCAAUGCCAGGCCAAACCGACAUCUGA